GGAAGAGGAAUCUCCAUUACAAAGGAAAAAGUGGUUUUUUUGAGUUGCUAUUCAAACUGUGUUUUGCAUAGCGCCAAGUUUUCCCUUUUGGACUACCAAGACAGAACGCACGGAUCACAGAGUGACCAAUUUUUUACAUUCUGGCCUAUUAUAAAUAGAUACGCUGCGCCUUACUCGCUUGUGGCGUUGGGUGGGCCUAUAGGCUACGACUUUUAG